AUUUUUAAAAAAAAUUCAAAACUCUCUCCCCUCUCAUCUUCUUCCCCAGAAUCCGGCCACCGGUCCGGCCCGGCCUCCGGCAUUGCACCGCCGUGUGCGGUGGCCGACGUCUCAAAAUCGGAUCUUUUUGAUCCUAGUUCGAAGCCGAGUGUCUCUUAGGCACGGAUCUGGGGCCGAAUCUCGUGAAACAAAGGCCGAAGACCCGAAAAGGGCGAAACCGCUCGCCUUCCUCCACGUCCGGCGCGGCGCAGGUAAAAAAGGUAAAAAGCCUUCUCCUUUAUUUUUUUUCUUUAUGUUUUCAAGUUAAAAAUAAAUAAAUAAACUUAAAAGAAAUAAAAACAGUAAGCAAAAGAAAAGAUAAAACUGAGCCAAAAAAAUGUUCAACCUUUUUCUUUUUGUUCUUUUAUAAAAAUCGAGGCCGAACCCCUCUUGAUGAAUACAUUCGGCUUUUUAUAGCCUUUUCAUACAUUUUUAUCUAUGUUUACUGCUAUUUUGUUGUUCUUCUCCUGCUUUGCGUGUUUGGUUUGCUGUUUUGCAGGUGUCAGUAGAGCCGGUGGCGAUGUGACCGUGACGGUGGCAAGUGGGCAUGGUUGCAGGCGGCGGCAGAUGCAAGUGGGUAGAUGCGGCGCCUAGGUUAGGGGCUAGGGUUUCAGACUUUCUGAAACCCUAGGCAGAUUUUUUCAUGAAGUUGGGCCUGGGCUAAGUGGGCUUCGGGUUUGGGUGUAAAUGGGUAGUUGGGCUGGUGGGUUGAUUGGUUAGUUGGGUUUUGGGUUAAGUUUGUUUUAAUUUUGGGUCUGCUGGUAUGGGUUUAGUCUAGGUGGGUUAAUUUGGGUACUGGGUCAAAAUGUUUUUGUUUAGUUUAGGGUUAAUUGGGUUUUGGGCUAAAAAUUGGGCUUGUACAAUAGAUUUAAAGGUUGUUAGCAAUGUCAAGACUAAAAUUUUAAAUUUUGAAAAGUAUAGGGAUAAGUAAGAAUGAUCCAAUUAAAAGAACAAGGACUAAAUCUACAUGUGUUAUUAUUUGGGUCAAAACUAAAAUUUAACCAAACAUAUUUAACUACUAUCGUUUUACGUCAUGAUUAAAUUUUCAAAAUUCAAAAAGUACAAAAGACUAGAAAAACACAGGUACUAAAUUUAGAAAAUUUAUAAAAAAGACUAAAUCCACAAUUUAUACAGUGUAUAGGGACUAAAUAAAAAUUUGACCUAAAAUUUAUAUAAAUCUCCUCACUCUCCGCCAAUCUCUCCCCUUUGGACUUUUAUGGAUAAUUAAUUAAUUAAUUAUUUAUUUUUGGACAUCUUUGCUAAUCAAUUUAUGAAUAACCAAUAAAAAUCAAAGUUAUUAAACCCUAAACCCUAAUUCAAUUCAGCACAGCCUAGCCAUUCUCAUUCAACAUUCCAAAUCAGUCGCUGUUUUGAUUAUCUUAAAUUGAAGUAAAUAAAAAUGUUGAGAAGGAACAUUCGAUUGAGGAGAGAGUAUUUGUACAGGAAGAGCUUGGAAGGCAAAGAGCGUUUGCUUUAUGAGAAGAAACGGAAGAUCAAAGAAGCCCUUGAAGAGGGAAAACCCAUUCCAACUGAACUCCGGAAUGAGGAGGCCGCGCUUCGCCAAGAAAUUGACCUUGAAGAUAAUUACACUUCCAUUCCCAAAACUCAUAUUGAUGAUGAAUAUGCAAAUGCAACUGUACGAGAUCCUAAGAUUUUGCUGACAACAUCUCGUGAUCCAAGUGCUCCUCUUAUACAGUUUGUUAAGGAAUUGAAGUUUGUCUUUCCUAAUGCAGAGCGAAUGAAUCGUGGUAGCCAGGUUAUAUCUGAAAUUAUUGAAAGUUGCCGUUCGCAUGAGUUUACAGAUGUAAUUUUGGUUCAUGAACAUCGGGGUAUACCUGAUGGUUUGAUUAUAAGUCAUCUACCUUUCGGUCCCAUGGCAUACUUUGGGUUACUCAAUGUGGUUACAAGACAUGACAUUAAAGACAAGAAAGCCAUCGGAACAAUGCCUGAGGCUUACCCUCAUUUGAUUCUUGAUAAUUUUAAAACCAAGCUGGGUGAAAGAACAGCGAACAUUCUAAAACAUUUAUUCCCUGUGCCAAAGCCUGAUACAAAACGUAUUGUGACUUUUGCUAAUCGGUCCGACUAUAUUUUGUUCAGGCAUCAUAUCUAUGAGAAGCCUGGAGGUCCUAAAUCAGUUGAGUUAAAGGAGAUUGGUCCAAGGUUUGAAUUGCGGCUUUACCAGGUAAAAUUAGGAACAAUGGAGCAGAGUGAAGCCCAGAUUGAAUGGGUUAUUAGACCAUACAUGAACACAACCAAGAAACGCAGCUUCAUUGGGAACGAGCCAGAACCAGAUGAUAAAAGAAAGAGAAAUAAAGCUUGAAAUUUGUCAUAUUCUCGUUAUUAUGUUGUUUUGGUUAGGCUUUCAUUUAUGUUUUUAAGCUUGUUUGAAUUAUUAACAUUUCAUAUCAAUUUUAAUUUACAGAAACAAUUAUGUUA